AUGGUCCACGACUUCCCCGCCGAAGCCACCUUCCUCACCCCCGACGACCGCGCGCGUGUCCUCCGCCGUCUGCGCGCCGACAAGCAAGCCUCUGCAUCCCACGAAUCCUUCCAAACAAAGUACUUCUGGCAAUCUGUCAAAGACUGGAAAACGCUCAUGUUCGCCAUCAUCUACAUGGGCGCCGACGGAGCUCUGUAUGCCUUCUCGCUCUUCCUCCCCACCAUCAUCUCUCAGCUCGGAUACAAAGCAACGACAGCAAAUCUCUUGAGCGUACCACCUUAUGCCGCUGCUGCUGUUGUGACAGUCUUCAUUGGCUGGCUCGCCGACCGCACGCAACAGCGCGGUCUAUGCAACAUCGGCAUCUCACUGCUCGGCAUGAUCGGUUUCUCAAUGCUUCUCGGCUCCAAUCGACCUGGCGUGCAGUACGCAGGCACGUUCCUCGGCGCAAUGGGCAUAUACCCGUGCAUUGCCAACACCAUCUCGUGGGCCAGCAACAACGUUGAAGGUGUGUACAAGCGCGGCGUGACGCUCGGGUUCGUUAUUGGGUGGGGCAACUUGAAUGGCGUUGUGAGCUCGAAUAUCUACCGGCAAAAGGAUAAGCCAAGGUUUUUUCUGGGGCACGGUGUUGUGUUGGCGUAUUUGACGCUGUUUUUGUUUGGCGGGAGUAUUGUGACGAGGACGCUUUUGGCGGCGGAGAAUAGGAAGAGGAGGAGUGGGAAGAGGGAUGGGUGGAUGGAAGGGAAGAGUGAGGGGGAGGUGGCGGAGAUGGGGGAUAGGAGACCGGAUUUCUUAUAUACGUUGUAG